AUGGCGUCACCGUCGUCAACGGCGGCGACAAACGUCAUGUUAGCAAUCUUCGAGAAGAAAACCGUAUCACUCGAUCUCUACCGUCCGUUACGAAACUACAUCGCUUUCAACUACUCCGAACGGGAAGCUCAAAACCUCGAAGAUGAUCUCCAAACUCUCAAGCAAUACCGCUCCGAAAUCGAACGCGUUCCGGCCGCUUCGCUCCCUGCUCGCCGUGACAUUCUGCAAAAUUACUAUAAAGCCCUCUGUGCUGUUGAAUCUCGUUUUCCGAUCUCACCUGAUAAAGAUCACAUCAAUUCCGUGUUUUUUACUUGGUACGAUACGUUCAAGAACAAGCAGAAAGCUGUGCAACAGAAUAUUCAUCUAGAGAAAGCUGCAGUUUUGUUCAAUUUGGGAGCAGUGCACAGUCAGAUGGGUUUGAGUUUGGAUCGAUCAGCUGUGGAGGGGCGAAGGCAGGCAUCACAUUCCUUUAUUGCUGCAGCUGGGGCUUUUGCGUUCCUGAGAGACAAUGUGGCAAUGAAGGCAUCAAUGGGUAGCUCCACCACGGUUGACAUGUCAGUGGAAUGUGCUGGGAUGUUGGAAAGACUCAUGCUAGCUCAGGCUCAGGAGUGCGUUUUUGAGAAUACUAUUGCCAAGGGAAGCACCCCUGGAGUCUGUGCAAAGAUUUCAAGACAGGCAGGGAUUUAUUACGAGGAAGCUUUGGCAGCAUUAACUGUUGCACCUCUGAACUACCACUUUGACAAGGGUUGGCUGGCUCAUGUUCAGCUCAAGGCAGCCUUGUUUUAUGCUGAGGCCUGCUAUAGGUACGGUAUGGAGCUCCACGAGAAAGAAGAAAUUGCAGAGGAAAUUGCGAG